AUGGCUCAACGUAACAACAAGAAGAAGAACAAUCGUCAUCAAUCUAUGCCCCAACCAACUACACCCUCGCCACAACUCGCUGCUCCCACUAACGGAGUCAUCAACGGCCACGAGCCGCCGGACGAGACUGAUCGUCGCCCACCCGAGACAAAGACACCCACUCCAAUUUCAUCCCCUACCCCGAUCGUUUCGCCGACUCCAAUCACCAUUCCACCUCCCAGGAUCACAGUCGAGACGAAGUGGCCCGGCGAGAACCUUCACACACCCCGGACAUCGUCUCCAUUGAGCACCGUGCACUCGGGAGUGGCAUCAGUCGCACGGGAUGGGUUCUUUGACAUCACGAGCGCCACGGAAACACAUGCCUUAGAAUAUCGUGCGGACAGAGUUACCUCAAUCCACGGCUCCGUCUACGACUAUAUCGGCGAUAUCUUGCAAGACCUGGAACGCAAGAAGUUCGUGAUCACCGCAUUGAAGGCUGGCCAUGAAUACACAGGACGACAGACACUCCGACCCAGCAAACAGAACCAUCUCCGACUCGUCCUCGGAAGCGGAGUGUUUCGCAAGGAACGUUACCUUCUCCUUGACAUCGUGGCCUCUCCGCGCAUGCUAGCAACGAGGAAGGAUCGUCUCUGGCCUGAUCCUGUCGACAUGGACGAGCUCGCCCUCAUGUUGGGACAACGUCGCGCGGAAGCCGCUCCAUCCUUUGUGAUCGCCGAUAGACGACUUCCGCUUGUUCCCGUUUGGGGCCGAGACAGCACGACCUGCAUGCGGAUGCAUUCCGAGAGUAAUUACGACAUCCUGUCUGUCUGCUUUCAACGCGAAGUCGAAAGUUUCCUACAAACGUUAGCCGACGUCCACACCUUCACUGAGAAAUCCGAGCAGCCCGACGAUGACGACCUGCCUGCUCUGCGACUCGGCGAACCCGAAUCCGUGAACGAAUUCCGCCCUCCUUCCCCCGUCAACGGCUUACGCACACCAAACGUCACCUACCAGCAGUGUGCCGAAGAACACUCACUGACGCGGGAGGAACCUCAGACGAAGUUCUACACCCCCGCAGGGAUGCCCGAAAAGUGGCCGACUCCUGCCAAGGAGAUCGUGGGGAGAGCUCUCACGCGAGCACAAGCCGCACUCUCGACGCAAGGCGCACUACGGCAGCAUGAGGUGUCUGAGAUCAAGCCCGUGGCAACACUGGCUCGUCACGAGUAUCCCACAGAUACGACGUCCCUCCGGAAUGAAUACCACGAGGAGUACCCACCGAUACUCCGUGAUGCACCUCCGCAUCUCGUGAACAUUAACACAAAGCAGAGACGUCACGAGGAGACACGCAGGCUCGCUGGGGAGGAUCACUCCAAAUACAUCCACCUGUGCACACCGCAGGACUGCAACAGAUAUUCGGGCAGGAGGAUCAGCCUCGAGCACCAGAACCGCGUAUUGCGCAGUCAUUGA